AUGUCUCAACCACCGUCUCCCUUCCCCCCACAAUCACCAUUCUACACAUCUCAAACAAUGAACCCCGACACACCCCCUCCACCACCCCCAAAACCCAGCAGUCAUGAAGCUAGCCGAGGCGGCACCCCGCAAACCACCGCAGACAUCCACCACCCGCCAAACACACAGCAGGCAUACCCAACCCAAUACUUCGCCGACCCCCCGACAAUCGAAGAAGGCUGGCUCCCAGACCUAAUAACCGACAAAUCAACAACCGACCUCCAAACAAUCCUCCAAGACCCAACCCUCCUCUCCGCACUCUCAAGCCAACACCCCUCCUACCAAACCCGUCAACAAUCCCUCGAAUCCCUAAUACAAACAAACAAAGACCUAGCAGCCCGCCUCUUAGACCUGCAAUCCCACCUCGCUGAAACCCGCGCCGCAACAGAGACUCUCCUCAUAACGCACCAGUCCCUCGAGGUCACAUGGCGCAAGAAGCAGGCCGAGAUGGAUGCUGCGCUGGCGCCGUGGUCGCCUAAGGCGCUGUAUCAGCGGUUUAGUGCGGCGAUCGCGGAGCAGGAGGCUGUUUGUCGUGCGGUUGAGGAGAGUUUCCUUGAUGAGGAUCAUCAUGGGAGGGCUACGGAGAAGGAGAUUGCGGAUUGGGUUAGGCGGGUGAGGGGUGAGGCUGCGAGGUUGGCCGCGAGGAAGGAGGCUAAGGCGCGGUGGGAUGAGGGGCGGGUUGGGGGGUGGCGGUGA